CUGGUUUGUCUACUCUACUCCAAAGUAAGACACAGGAAAACUCAUUUGUUCAGGCAUUGAUCCAAAAUAGGUUUGCUGAACGUUUGGCAACGGGUCCUUACUGGGAGUACGACCCGAUGGCAUCCACCGGACAGUUGCUUCCAAGCAACUCAGCACGAGGAGCAAGGUCCAGGGAGAGUCCAUUGAUCAGCGUGAAAAUGUUCAGCUCCUCAGCUAUCACUCAAAUAUUAAUUGAUUUCCUGAUUUACUGCGGAAGAGCCAUGCUCAUCUUCUACCCGGUGUACCUGACAGGUUAUCUGGGCCUCAGUAUCAGCUGGGUACUGCUGUGCAUGUUUGUGCUCACUUACUGGAAGAAAAAUCGCCAGUGGAAGGACGCCCGAAUUGGAUCAGCCAUUGAGUUAGCAGACAGUGAAAUACAAGUGGUCAACACCGAGCUGAAAAGUGCUUUACAAAUGGCGUCCUGGGUGCAAUACACUGAUGUAGAGAAUGUUCAAUGGCUUAACAAGGUGUUGGAGCAGGCGUGGCCAUUCAUUGGGAUGUACAUGGAGAAGCUACUUAGAGAAAAGAUCCAGCCAUCCAUCAGGGCCUCCAAUCCUGCGCUCAAAGCAUUCACAUUUACCAAGAUCCAUUUUGGAUACAAACCUCUCAAGAUCACUGGAAUACGAGCAUACACACAUGAAGUGGAACAUAGGGAAGUGAUUCUAGACAUGAAUAUAAGUUAUGAUGGUGAUGUGGACAUCAGCACUGAUGUAAGCCUGGCAAUCACAACUCGUGUGAAAGGACUUAAACUCCAGGGGAUGCUGAGGGUCAUUUUAGAGCCUCUUAUUGGUCAAGCACCGCUGGUGGGAGGAGUCACUUUUUUCUUCAUUCGCCGGCCUACUCUGCACAUAAACUGGACUGGUAUGCCAAACCUUUUGAGCAUCCCUUCUUUAAGUUCACUGUCUGAGGAGACGACCUUGGAUGCUAUAGCUUCCAUCAUGGUGUUGCCCAACCGCAUGUGCAUUCCCCUCAUAGACAAGGUCAAAGUGGACCAGAUGAGGUUCCCACUUCCUCGUGGGGUGGUGAGGGUCCACUUGUUGGAAGCCAGAGAUCUGGUAGCUAAGAACACACACGUGAUGAAUUUAAUGAAAGCGAAAUCAGACCGAUAUGCCACACUGAGAGUGGGCAGCACGCUUUUCAAAAGCAAGACCGUCAAAGAGAAUUUGCUCCCAAAAUGGAAUGAAGUGUAUGAGUUUAUUGUCCAUGAGGCCCCGGGGCAGGAGCUAGAAUUGGAGCUGUAUGAUGAGGGCGCAGACAAAGAUGAUUGUCUUGGAAGAUAUAACCUUGAUUUUGGAGAAGUGAAGAGGGAGAAACAAAUGGAUCAGUGGUUUCCUGUGGACGGGGCACUGCAUGGUGAAGUUCAUCUUAAGCUCCAGUGGUUUUCCCUUCAGAGUGACACCAGCCUGCUGAAGGAGUCCACGGACAACUUUGCCUGUGCUGUGCUUGCAGUGUACCUGAACAGUGCCACAGAUCUACCACUCACAAAGAGAACCACCUGUCCCAACUCCUUUGUGGAAAUGUCCAUUGACGACGACGUUAAGAAAAGCAAGGUUGCCUAUGCAUCUAAAGAUCCAGUUUGGGAAGAGGGCUUCACCUUCUUUGUGCAUAAUGUCAGUGCACAGGAGCUCAUUGUUCAGGUCAAAGAGCCUGAGAAGAAGAAUCUACUCGGUGUUCUCAACUUGCCCCUCAGUCACCUACUCAGAACCUCCAACCUGACUCUAGACCAGCGCUUCAUGCUGGAACGCUCUGGAGCAAACAGCCAGAUCAAACUGAGGGCCACUCUCAGGAUUCUUAAUUUGGAAGAGCCUCCAUCCCAGACUAUCUUCAGUCCUCCUCCACAAGUCAAACAACAACAGGCCAGAAAAUCAGGGUACAACUCAGUCUCCAAUCCCUCCAGUGCUCCACCCUCCUCUUACACAGCUUCCUCUAACAAUAUCCCUGCUGCCUCUACUCUGAACCUGGAGGGAGCGUCACCAAGCGAAGGUUAUUUAGCUCAAGGCUGUGGCUCCUCCCAGGCGCCUGAAAACAGGAAGCAAUCAUCUUCAUCAAUAAACUUGCGUCGGUUUGACUCCCACAGCCUGCUGCUAGAGAACGUCAUCGAUUCAUCGCGAUUCGACCUGUCAGAUGGAGCCUCCUAUCCAGAGGCCAUUAGGAAUCAUCUGGGUUCAUUUGGAGAGAUUGCGCUGUCUGUACGAUAUGCAACCAUGAGAAACAAACUCAUGGUCUUUGUUAACAAUUGCAGGAAUUUAUUCCCCUGCAGUGAGAACGGCACAGACUCUUACGUCCGCCUGAAUCUCCUUCCCGACCAAAGCUUGAAGCAUCGCAAGAGGACCGGUGUCAAGAAGAGGACGAUCAAUCCUGUUUUCAAAGAAAAGUUUCAGUUCGAUGUGACACUCGGGGAAGCACAAACUAGGAAGUUGUAUGUGUCUGUGAAAAGUAACAAGAUGUUGGUCUCCAGAGAGAGAAAGGAUAUUGGCUCGGUAAUAAUAGAUCUCUCACAGAUGGAUCUGGUCAAAGGCGUCACAGCAUGGUAUGAGCUCACUCUGCUUGGGCUGAAGAAAUCCAUCUAGCAAGUGGAACUGAGAAAAACUUUGCAACUUAAAAAUCACCUCAUCAGCCACUGCAGGGAAAACUGCAGACAUGAUGCUUGAUGAGUUUCAUACUCCUUUAUGGAUUUUUUCCCCCCAAAAGUAGCAGAAAAACUAUCUUUGAUGAUGUGUAAAUAAGGAACACUCUGAUCACAGGCACAAAUUUCAUCUUCCAGUCCAGUAAUACUGGAGGUCUUACUUGAAACUGACACACUUAAACAUAAGAUUAAAACAAGUUUGUGUCACUUUUUGUAUGCAAGAAAAGACAAUUUGUCAGAACUAUAACUGAUGACAUAUACAAGCAAAAAUCAGCUUGUUUUUGAAUGCUAAAUAAUAUUUUUACAGUUUCCAUCAAACUGCAGUAAGUUUAGGACUUGACCAUUAAUGCUGAUGGUUGAUCAGACAGUACCACUAAGUUAGUGAGUGUCAUGUGCUCUUUGUUCAACAUGUAUCUCAUAGGUGUCAAACUCUGGCCCGCGGGCCAAAUUUGGCCCGCAGCCUAAUUACAUUUGGCCCGCGAAGCCAUACCAAAUUACUAUUAGAGCUGGCCUACUGGUAUUAUACAGCUAAUAUAUAUAUUGUUUAGUAUUAAGCUUUGCUUGUUCCAUAUUCAGUUUUUCAGCAAAACUUGUUUGAGUUGUUACGCCCCCAGUCUAGGCAUGUAGGGACGCACAUAAAGGUUGGAGGAGAGAGAGACAGAUACCUGCCCUGGUUCCCAAGCCAAACAUCCAAAACCAGUUGUGCGUAAAAAAAGGUGAUUUUAUUAAAGGUAAUGAAGCAUAGCUCCAGGGUGAACCCAGGCCAAAAUAACGAACAAAACCAACUAAGUCCCACCAAAGAAAACUAACUAAACCCUAAGAAAGAAACAAAACAAACAAAUGACAAUACUAACCCU